AUGGUAGCCAGGGGGGGAAUGGCACGAUUUUGGAGUCUGGAGAGCCUUCAGAUGGUUACUGCAGAUGGUGGGACUGAAUCUUCGGCCUUAGUGGAUGACAAUGGCAGCGAGGAAGAUUACAGUUACGAGGAGCUCUGCCAAGCCACUCCCAGGUACCUGCAGCCCGGAGGGGAACAGCUAGCAAUUAAUGAGCUGAUCAGCGAUGGCAGCAUUGUGUAUGCAGAAGCUCUCUGGGACCAUGUGACUAUGGAUGAUCAAGAGCUGGGCUUCAAAGCUGGAGAUGUCAUUAGAGUUCUAGAAGCUUCCAACAAAGACUGGUGGUGGGGAAGAAACGAAGACAAGGAAGCCUGGUUUCCAGCUAGCUUUGUCAGGCUGCGAGUUAAUCAGGAGGAAGUCCCAGAGAAUUGUAGUAGUAUCCAGGAUGAAGAACAAGAUGAAGAUAUUAGCAAGCAUCGUCAGAAAAUAGCUGAAAACAAGGAUCAGAUGAGAACCAAUGUUAUACAGGAAAUUAUGAACACAGAACGAGUUUAUAUCAAGCAUCUCAAGGACAUCUGUGAGGGUUAUAUUCGGCAGUGUCGCAAACAUACAGGAAUGUUCACCACAGCUCAGUUAAGCACCAUUUUUGGAAAUAUUGAAGAUAUUUACAAGUUCCAAAGAAAGUUUCUGAAGGAUCUUGAGAAACAGUACAACAAAGAGGAACCUCAUCGAAGUGAAAUAGGGUCAUGUUUUCUUCAACAUCAAGAAGGCUUUGCUAUUUAUUCAGAGUAUUGUAACAAUCAUCCCAGUGCCUGCAUUGAACUUUCCAGACUAAUGAAACAGGGCAAAUACCGUCACUUCUUUGAGGCCUGCCGCUUGCUUCAGCAGAUGAUUGACAUUGCCAUUGAUGGUUUUCUUCUCACGCCUGUUCAGAAGAUCUGCAAGUACCCUCUGCAGCUUGCAGAAUUGCUUAAAUACACCACUCAGGAGCACAGUGAUUAUAACAACAUAAAAGCUGCCUAUGAGGCUAUGAAGAACGUAGCAUGUCUGAUCAAUGAGCGAAAACGAAGACUGGAAAGCAUAGACAAGAUUGCACGUUGGCAAGUCUCCAUCGUAGGCUGGGAGGGACCAGAUGUGUUAGCCAGAAGCUCAGAACUGAUCCACUCAGGAGAACUGACCAAAAUAUCAAAGCAAGGCAAGAGCCAGCAGAGGACUUUCUUCCUUUUUGAUCAUCAGCUUGUGUUCUGCAAGAAGGACUUACUGAGAAGGGACAUCUUAUAUUAUAAGGACCGUAUUGACAUGGAUGACAUGGAAAUCGUGGACACUGAAGAUGGCAGAGACAAAGACUUCAACAUUAAUGUCAAGAAUGCUUUUAAGAUAAUCAACAGAGCAACAGACGAGAUUCAUUUGUUCUGUGCAAAAAAACAGGAGGAUAAAAAGAGAUGGAUGGAGGCGUGUGAAAGCGAAAGGAGAAGAGUCCAGGAAGAUAAGGAAAUGGGAAUGGAAAUCUCAGAAAACCAGAAGAAACAAGCCAUGCAGAAUGCCCGUAAGUCAAGGCAUGGAAAGAUUAAAGGUAACUAUAACGGGUGUCCUGUGCCUCCUCUGCACCAAAGCCUGCAUCCUAUCCAUCAGCGCCACAUCACUGUGCCUACCAGCAUCCCCCAGCAGCAGGUUUUUGCCCUGGCAGAACCCAAGCGGAAGCCAUCCCUCUUCUGGCAUACCUUCAACAAACUCACCCCCUUUAAAAAAUGA